AUGAAAGUUAUUUUCGUAGUUUUAGCCAUUGUAUUAGUUACAUUAUGGGCUAUGCCAUCAGAAGCUGGUAAAGACCCAAAGAUUACCAAUAAAGUAUUCUUUGAUAUAGAAAUUGAUAAUAAACCAGCAGGUAGAAUUGUAUUUGGUUUAUAUGGAAAGACAGUACCAAAAACAGUUGAAAACUUUAGAGCAUUAUGUACUGGUGAAAAAGGUUUAGGUACCAGUGGUAAACCAUUACAUUAUAAAGAUAGUAAAUUCCAUCGUAUCAUUCCAAACUUUAUGAUUCAAGGUGGUGAUUUCACAAGAGGUGAUGGUACUGGUGGUGAAUCAAUUUAUGGUAAAAAAUUCAAUGAUGAAAACUUCAAAAUUAAACACUCCAAACCAGGUCUUUUAUCAAUGGCUAACGCUGGUCCAAACACUAAUGGUUCACAAUUCUUUAUUACUACCGUUGUUACUUCAUGGUUAGAUGGUCGUCAUACUGUUUUUGGUGAAGUUAUUGAAGGUAUGGAUAUUGUUAAACUCCUUGAAUCCAUUGGUUCCCAAUCUGGAACACCAAGUAAAAUUGCUAAAAUCUCAAACUCUGGUGAAUUAUAA